CCCGCGGCCCCCGCCCCCCUUUGUCGCGGCCCCGGCCCCGCUCCCCGCCCCCACGGCCCGCUCCUCGCUCCCUUUCUUCCUGCCUCGCCUUCCUGCGGCGCGCGGCUCAUCCAUUAUAGAUGCUCACUCGGGGCUGACAUCAGCGCCGGGCGCCCACGGGCCGUCCCCGCGCGCUGCCCGCCCCGCGCGGCCCCCCGGGUUCGCCGGAGCCUCCCCGGGCGCGGGGCGCGCGCCCACCGCCGCCCGCGCCUCCCGGAGCCCGGUGCCCGCCGCCCGGAGCGCCUGCAUGACUGUCACAAAGAUGUCCUGGCGCCCGCAGUACCGCAGCUCCAAGUUCCGGAAUGUGUACGGGAAGGUGGCCAGCCGGGAGCACUGCUUCGAUGGCGUCCCCAUCACCAAGAACGUGCACGACAACCACUUCUGCGCCGUCAAUGCUCGCUUCCUGGCCAUCGUCACCGAGAGCGCAGGUGGCGGUGCCUUCCUGGUCAUUCCCCUGGAGCAGACAGGCAGGAUUGAACCCAAUUACCCCAAGGUCUGCGGCCAUCAGGGAAACGUACUGGACAUCAAGUGGAACCCCUUCAUGGAUAACAUCAUCGCCUCGUGCUCAGAGGACACAUCGGUGCGGAUCUGGGAGAUCCCAGCGGGCGGCCUGAAGCGCAACAUGACGGAGGCCAUCCUGGAGCUGCACGGCCACAGCCGGCGUGUGGGGCUGGUCGAGUGGCACCCCACGGCCAACAACAUUCUCUUCAGCGCGGGCUACGACUACAAGGUCCUCAUCUGGAACCUGGACGUGGGGGAGCCGGUGAAGAUGAUCGACUGCCACACGGAUGUCAUCCUCUGCAUGUCCUUCAACACAGACGGCAGCCUGCUGGGCACCACGUGCAAGGACAAGAAGCUGCGGGUCAUCGAGCCGCGCUCCGGCCGCGUGCUGCAGGAGGCGAACUGCAAGAACCACAGGGUGAACCGGGUGGUGUUCCUGGGCACCAUGAAGCGGCUGCUGACCACGGGCGUGUCCAGGUGGAACACCAGGCAGAUCGCCCUCUGGGACCAGGAGGACCUGUCCAUGCCCCUGACCGAGGAGGAGAUUGACGGGCUCUCGGGCCUCCUGUUCCCAUUCUACGAUGCCGACACCCACAUGCUCUACCUGGCUGGAAAGGGAGAUGGGAACAUCCGGUACUACGAGAUCAGCACGGAGAAGCCGUUCCUGAGUUACCUCAUGGAGUUCCGCUCCCCAGCCCCACAGAAAGGCCUGGGGGUCAUGCCCAAGCACGGGCUGGACGUGUCGGCCUGCGAGGUGUUCCGCUUCUACAAGCUGGUGACUCUCAAGGGCCUGAUCGAGCCCAUCUCCAUGAUCGUGCCCCGGCGGUCUGACUCGUACCAGGAAGAUAUUUACCCCAUGACGCCUGGCACGGAGCCCGCGCUGACCCCCGACGAGUGGCUGGGUGGCAUCAACCGAGAUCCCGUGCUGAUGUCCUUGAAAGAAGGUUACAAGAAGUCUCCCAGAGUGACAUUCAAGGGCCCCAUCAGGGAGAAGAAGAGUGUGGUGGUGAACGGGAUAGAUUUGCUGGAGAACGUCCCGCCCAGGACGGAGAAUGAGCUCCUCCGAAUGUUCUUCCGGCAGCAGGACGAGAUCCGGCGGCUGAAGGAGGAGCUGAACCAGAAGGAGGUUCGGAUCCGGCAGCUCCAGCUGGAGCUGAAGAACUUGCGCAACAACCCCAAGAGCUGCUAGCUCGGCCCCCGCUCUCCACCCCGGCCCUCACUUCCCUCAGCCUGGCCUGGAACUGGGGACGGCCCCGAGGACCCUCCCUGCCACCCCCAGC